CGACGAGUUCUUGAGCGCGACACCACUCUUGUUCCUACCACCAUCCUCCCGCUCUUUUUCCGGUACCAAAUGCGGUCAUGUCUUUUUUUGGAUUCGAGCAAAGUGACUUAGAAAAGGAAAAACAGCGUUUCCUUGAGGGAGGCGUCCAGGACACUGAAAAUUUAGCUGUUUACACUUGGGGAGAAGAAAGCUACGACGGUUUAGGCGAUGCUUUACAGGAAGGCGGUGAUGACUUCAAUGAUGAGACCUUUGGCAGUACUGGUGCCGUUGGCAAGGACUUUGAUUUUUCCAAUGCGGGCGGCUUGCAUGACUCCCAUGCGUUGCCUGGACAUCCCGACAGCUCAAAAGAUGCAUUGACUCAGGAAAAUUCUGCACUUCAAGUUAAAGAGCCUACUCCUGCAGUUCAGACUCAAUCUUCAUCGAAAACGAUUCCUGCCCGCUCUUUGGAGUCUCUUUGGGAUGACAAGUCUCCCUUCUCCGUUCUCCCUCGUAACAACGGUGCUGUUCGGUCAAACCCGAGCUCGUCUUCCUCUCCAUUUGCCCCACAGUCAGCAGCAAGAGGUCCCCAGACCUUAUCUCAAAACGUUUCACAGUCUGGCGUGCGCACACUGGCUGAAAUAGAGGCUGAGAUGCGCACUGCGACCCAGCAAUCUCGACAGGCUGCGGUACACCGGGAGAAACUUCUUCGUAGACAACAGGAAGAAGAAUACUUACGAGAGCAGGAACUCCUUCGACAACAACAAGAGGAGGAGGAAUAUUUGCGCCAGGAUCAAGAGCUGCAGCGGCAACGCUAUUUGUACCAACAGGAACAGCUCCAAAUGCAACGUCUGCAGCAGCAGAGGGAACUUCAACAGAGAGAGCUGCUGCAGCAGGCACAGAACACGCCUCCCCCUCGCAUGCUUCCGGAACUCCAAGAACAAUUGCGAAUGGAGAGUUUGGAGCGACAAUUGCGCGCGCAACAAUUGAAUAAUCUCGGGACUCACCAUCGUCAAUUGUCAGGCCAGAGUCUAUCUCCCCAACCCCAGCACCAGCACCAGCGUCGUCAACGGUCACGUUCCCCUUCUGGACCUAUCCAGUUGCAGGACAAUCUUUCAUAUCAUCCCCAAAAUAUCCAGUUCCAGCAACGGCUUCUGUCCGAGAUGGCACAGGCCGAAUUUUUGCGUGAUAUGCAAGGAUCAAACCCUGCGGAGCAAGAAGCCUUACGUAUGGAGGCUAUGCGCAAGAUAGUCGAGGCCGAGAAGUUGGAAGAGAAGAGGCGAAGGCGUGCUGCUAAGAUUGCCCAUAUGUCCAGAUACAAUGACCUUAUGACCCAAUCGGACAAAGACUUCAUUACUCGGAUUCAGGUUUCUCAGCUAGUGACUCAGGAUCCUUAUGCUGACGACUUCUACGCCCAAGCGUAUGGUGCUAUCAUGCGUUCGCGGAUGGGCAUUCACUCUCAGGACGAACGAGUGCUAAAAUUUGGGUCUGGCGGGGGUAUAGGUUUGGGUAUUGCACCCAAAGGAGGCCAUCGAAGGCAGAGCGCUAUGCAGAAGAUGGAACAACAGGUGGAACGGAUUGUUAGCAAUGCUCGACGCCGCGAGGAAGAGAAAGGCCUGCAUUCACUUCACAGCCUGCAGGGUGCUUUAGGAAAGACUUCUGGGCGAAGUUACAAAGCUGCACCCCGCCAACUUCUCCAAGUAGAUUCUAGCAGCACAUCUUCGUCACCCACGUUGUCUCAUGCUCAUGCGCACAUCUCCAAGCAAGAUUCUAUUGAUGCCAAAAACAAGGGUAAGGAAGAGGCCGCCGCCGAAGCUGCGAAACUGGGUCGAGAAGCGCUAGGGACAGCCGCUGAUUUGACUAGGAGAGAGAUUCUGACGUGUUUAGAAGAUUUGCAUGAUUUGGUACUGAAGGCGGAGCAACUCAAGCAGGAAGAACCCUUACCUGAAGAAGCGCAAAUUUAUGCUGAGUGGGAACACGAAUAUUCCGGAGUGGUAGACCAAAUGUGGAACCAACUUAAAGUGAUGGUACCCAUCGCCACAAGUGACCCGCACCCAUUUAUAUCCCUUCUGAGUGUGGCCAAAGGGAAACGGGUCCUCUCCCGCUUGGCGCGUCAUUUCGACAACCAGCAAAUGCUUACGAUGUUGACUCUUCUCAUCGCAUGCUUCAAUCAACUGGAUGUCUUCAGACAGGCGCCACUCUUGGACACCCUUGAGGAUACGCCAGAACGCGUAGAAGUCGAGCGACAGACGAACGCUUUUCUAAGCAAUGUGCUGCAUAGCAUCGUAUCUGUAAUUAGCAAUGGUAGCUUGCGGCUUGUAACGGGCCUUCUCGGAUUGCUUUUGGAUCGGAAUAACGUUUCGGAAGUUGCGCAGACACAGCCUGGUCUUUCACUCCUCACACUAUUCCUUACGAGAGUUCAAGUCAUCAAAGAAGGUGCAGCUGUCUUAGAGAAUGAGCUACCAACCGUAGAAGAUGCAAAUCAAUGGCGGACUAUCGCCGUAGAUAUUAUCGAUAGGCCAGUCUGGCAAUUCCUCGCUGCUUUGGCCCUUCAUGCACUUCCUGAACAACAGCCGAUCUUAGUGCAUUCACUGCGUGAGAAGGUGCUCGAAAACGUCGUUAGUGCAAAGAAGGGUUGGGUAUCGGACGAGCAAGAAAGGCGGGCAAAACUACACAAUGUUGAUCUAUUUUUGUCCGCGCUUGGUUUGAGUAGUUCACAGAUUGAUUUGUAGUGUUUUGUUGUAAUUAUUUAUCUUACGUUCACCUGUUUCAACUGAGUUGUACAUUUUUGACGCUCCUUUGCCUUGACACAUUGCACAAUGACAGCUGCGCAC